UUUACUCUACCGGCACUGCGGCUGAAAGUCGCGGCGCGGAGUAGUCAAACUCGCCCGGCUGAACCUUCCCUCGUGUACCGCAGGCGUGAUCGCCAACAUCCACACCUUCUUCCCGCACGGUUAAACAUUUCCUGCACACUUGGGUCUUUCAGGGAAUUCUUUGGGAGCAUCGCCCUGUUGUUUGGGACUAGAUCAAGUUUCUGGUCACAGAGGCAACGGGCGCCACUACUUAGCCUGGAGGGCAAGGAGAGCUGCAAGGUCCACAGUGGAUACUGUUUGUAUAGGGUCACCUAUCAAAGUCAAGAGGGUUGAAAAAAGCCGCAGCGAGAGAGGACCGUUGGUUGGAGGUGUGUUGACCUUACCGGACAAUGUGCUUGAAGUAAGUAGUGAUUGGAGAUUGGUGAUUUUGUGGUCUGCUUUGAGAGGCUAGGAGAUUUCAUUAUGGCUGGGAUGAAAAACAUCAACCAGCACCUGCGUUCGCUGGAAAAACUGAGUCUGGACUCUGCUAGUAAUUACUCCACCAUGGAGAGUCUGAACGGCAGUAUCGGGUAUGGAACUGGAAGCAAAUCGCCAACCAGUCACAUGUCGUCCCACAUGAAUGGAACCCUCACGAAUGGAGCAGGCUACAGCGAAAGUUUCUGUAGUGUGAAGAGUUCGGUCCCAGAUGAUUACGAGUGUACAGAUCGUUAUACAAGACUGGUUGAAAUUGAGAACAUCCCCUGGACUGACCAGGAGAUAUCCCAGGUGAUCGAAAAUGGACAGGGAAAAAAUGUUUGCGACAGCGUUUCAAGGGACAUCAUACAGCGACUGUCGUACUUGCUACAGAGGCCACUGGUAAGGAUUGUCCGUGAGGCACAAAGACUUGCCAUCCGUAACUGUAAGUGCACGCAGCACGACAUGAAGACAGCGGUCAAGCUAGUAUUGUCACGGACUCUUGCAGAAAGUUGCAUCAACUCGGCCAAGAAGGCAGUGUCGAGAUAUGUGAUGACGGGACAGGAGGGUUUUCGCGUCAGCAAGCGUACGCGAGCAGGGGUGAUCUUCAGCGUCGGGCGAAUGUACCGAUGGCUGAUGGACGUUGGGGUGAGCCCACGCCUCCAGGACAAUGCAGCAGUAUAUCUGGUCGGAGUGAUGGAGAAACUGCUGGAUGAGAUUUUCCUGCGAGCUGUGUGCAUGCACGUGAUGGGACGGGAUGACGAGAUGUCGGUGAGCGUGGAGCUGUUGGAGUAUGGGAUAGCGAACGACCCCGACCUGUGGGGCAUCCUGCAGCCCUUUGAGCACCUCAUCUGUGGACGGGAUGCAAAUGGUAUCUUGGCUAUCCCCAGUGCCAGCUCCUCGCCGUCUGACAGAGGGAGUGACCACAGCAGACGGAAGGGCCAUCGGCGGGACCGUGAGCAGCUGGGCAGCCUGGAGCUGAUGAAGACACUGGAGCAGAGUCUGCUAACCACCUGUGUGGGCAGCAUUGCUGAACUUGGUGACUUGGUGUCCCGUGCCAUGCACCACCAGCACCACAAGAGUGGAUCCCGCUCCCCCAGCCCCGCCCUGACCUUGACCUGGGGGUCGGACGCCCUUCACACCCUGUUCUACUUCAUGAAGUGCACCCAGCUGGAGUGUAUGGACAACCCUAACAUCGAGCCUCCCAUGGUGCAGCUCAGCUGUGAGAGACCUUACGUGAUCCUGCCGCCGCUGACGGAGUGGAUCCGUGUUGCCACAGCGCACACUGAACACAGACAGAGCUGGGUGGUGGACUCUGAUGAUGUCAGACAGGCGGCCAGGCUGCUGCUGCCUGGUGUGGACUGUGAACCCAGGAGUCUGAGGAUGGAUGACUCUGUCUGUUCGUCCCGUACUCUUGACGCCACGGCAGCGUCCACCAGUUUCCAGCGAGACCUCGGUUUCCGCAUGUUGAGUUGCGGCCGGAUUGACCUGGUCCAGCAGGCUAUUGCUAUCAUGGGCGAGAGCGGAAUCAACACCAUAAAUGACCAUGGCAUGACGCCCCUGAUGUACGCCUGUGCGUCUGGGGAUGAGGCGAUGGUACAGAUGCUGCUGGAUGCUCAUGCUGAUCCUGAUGUGGCAGUACCAAUGAACACGUACAAGUACCCGUCUGUUCGGGAUGACAUCAGAGGGUGGACAGCCCUGAGCUUUGCAGUGGUGCACAUUCAUGUCUCCAUUGCACAGCUGUUACUUGAUGCAGGUGCAAGUGUAGAGGGGUCGGCUCACCAGUGUGGGGAGAACUACACAGAGACACCACUACAGCUGGCUGCAGCUGCAGGUCAUUUUGAGCUGGUCAGCCUGCUGCUGACUAAGGGUGCUGACCCCACCCUGGGGACGAUGCCCAAGAACAGCAUGACUCCCGUCUCCUCCAGGGGCAACAUGAACUGCUUUGCUCAGGCUGCAGCAAACGGACACAGAAAUGUCCUGCGGAAGCUGGUGUCUGCACCCCACAUCUCCCGUCCGUCAGACGUCCUGUCCCUGGAGGAGAUGUUGUCAGAAGGCUGCGGGAACAGCAGUCCCGUCACCAGCCCGGAGUUUCAGCUGCGCACCUGCAAGCUGCGCAUCAAGGCCCUCCAGGAGGCCAUGUACCAUGGUGCUGAACACGGCUACCUGGACAUCACCAUGGAGCUCCGCGGGCUGGGAGUGCCGUGGACCCUGCACACGUGGAUGUGUACCCUGUCUACAGCCCAGCACCUCCACAGGAAGGCCAUCAUACAGUACCUGCUGCGCGAGUUCCCCACCCUGCGCCCGGGGGACUACAGUCAGGACUUCUGCCAGGAGGCCCUCCCACUCAUGUUUGAGAUCUUCAAGCAGAGCAAGAACGAGGUCAUCAGUCAGCAGCUUGCCACCAUCUUUGCAAAUUGCUACGGCAAUGAUCCCAUCCCAGACAUCCCUGAGUUGAGAAGACCACAGAUCAGUAGGAUUGAUCCCCAGUAUGUGAACAACCCAGAGAUGUCUGAUGUGACCUUCAUCGUGGAAGGCAAGCCGUUCUACGCCCACAAGAUCAUCCUCGCCAACGCAUCAACUCGCUUCAAGAACAUGCUCUCUGGGAAGUUCUCUGAAGGGAAGCAGCCUUGUAUUGAGAUUAGUGACAUCAGAUAUCAAAUUUUCCAGAUUAUUAUGGAGUAUCUGUACCUUGGGACAAAUCCUACACUUGGGAACUCUCACUCUGAUAUUCUUGAGCUUCUUGGUGCGUCAAAUUUCUUCAUGCUGGACAGCCUUCAGCGGCUGUGUGAGAUUCUGCUGAGUCAGCACAUUGACUUCAGCAAUGCAGUCAGCAUCUACAGACAUGCCAAGAUGUACCAUGCAGAAGAGCUGCUGUCCUACUGUUACGGUUACUUCCUACGCCACCUCCCGGAGCUGCUGGAGGAGGACAGCGUGAAGAAGCUGGUGUUCCACCACGGGCGCUCCCACCGCUGCGAUGUGCUGCAGGAGCUCCAGGGGGCGCUGCUCAUCAGGAUGCAGUCUCGCAUGAAACACAACUACGGCAUCUGUGUCAGCUCCUGAAGUACCUGCACUGACCUACAGGGGGAGCUGCUGAUAUGGCUAGAUGGCUCUGAACGAAACAGUUAACAAGUUACUGUGUUAAUGGUUCCCAGCUGGUUUGGACUUAAGACCUGAUUUUCACAAUUCCAUUUUUAAGGAAACCAAUCAGGCAAUUAAAGAUCAAAUUAAUUUACAUAGAUAAAAGAAAAAUGUAACUAUAUCUUUAGACUAAUACCUUAUAGUAGAAAGCUCACUACAAGGUCAAAACCAGUUCAAAUGCCAUCUUAGUAAUGUACUCUUAAGUACAUUAACUUAAUUCUAUGUUGUUUCACAAGUGGUAUUCAAGAAAGAACAAUUUGAUAUAUGGCAAGUUGGUGACUUAGAGGAAAUGUGAGAGAGGUACUGUGAUGACUGCGCUCCAAAAGAUUUGACUGGACUCCUUGAACAAGACUUUGUGAACACAUUAACAUUAAGUUUUUUAUCAUAAGAUGUAACGCUAUAUUGAAUGUGACCAACACUUAUGUAAAUAUUUAUUAUGUUCUAUAGUAACUAAAUACUCUGUUGCAUCUUGUGUAUGUAUGAAUGCUGAGUUGUAUAUUGUUUAAGCUUUGUGUCAAUCAUUAGAAAAGGUUGAACAAUGUUUGUUGUCAUGCCUGUUUGUAAAUCUGUUGCAGUGGUUAAGACUCAGCAAGAAUGACUGGUAGUCCUACAUGUAUACUGUAAAAUUCACUUGUCAGAUGUUCAUCAUGAGUACUAGUAGUGUUUUCACAUUUGUUGGUACCUUCUAUUUUUAAAAUUUAUUCCAUUUGCAAGACCCAAUUAUCUCACUACUAUAUUGUUCCAAGAGUCAGUACACUAUCUAAGCUGUUAGAAUAAAAUAUGGUAUUACCAAGAUAUUUAAUUAAGAUUUAUGAUUAAGAAAGGACUUGCAGAUUAGUAUUAUUACACAUUCUAACAUUUGUGUUAAGUCCUUGUGCAAUAUGUGUGCCAUUAAACUAACAAGAGCUCCUGUAGCUUUUCUCUUAGUUAAGCAUUAGUUAGUCAAAAUGAGGUCUAGUCUGGGCCAGAUACAUAAUGGUACAAAAACAUUUUGGAAGUAAUGUUUAAAAAAAGAAUGCCCAAAAAGUAAUGAAAGAGCAUAUUCUUCUUCUCCUUGUGUCUGCAUGUACAUAAAGAUCCAAAGUCUCCUGGGGAUUUGUUUAUAAUUUUGCUCUGAGAAGCAGCUCUAAGACUGAUGUCCUCUUCAUUUUGUAUCUCCAAAGAAAUAAAUCCAUACAGCCUUAAAUGUGCCAUACAUGUGGUCAGGGUUUCGUAUUUUGGAUAUAAGGACAGUCACUGAAACAAUUAUUGCAGUAUUUGUAGUGUGAAACUGUACUUUUGUAAAUUUGUAUUUUCAUUCUCAAUACCCUUUUAUAUUUAUGAAUGUACAGUUGCUAUCUGAUUACAAACCCUCAAUAAAG